UUAAUUUUACUUUUCCAAGAUAACAUUUAUCUGUGUAGCUUUGGAACCUCCCCUGGAACUUGAUCUGUAGACCAGGCUAGCCUCGAAUUCACAGAGAUCCCCCUGCCUCUGCCUCCCGAGUACUGGGAUUAAAGGCGCACGCCACCACUGCCAGGCUUAUCUUGGUGUCUUGAAGACUGUCUCUAUAAAUAGCCCACGUUGGCCUCAAACCCGUGAUCCUUUUGCGUAGGCCUCCCCAGUGCCAGGAUAACAUGCGUGCACCACCAGGCCUAACUGCAGACUUCCUUAUUCAAGUGUGUGUAAGCAUGUGUGUACGCUGAGAAGUCAAUAUAGAGAGGCAUUUCCACUCCACUUUUUGAGACAGGACAUCUUGAAGCUCUUCAACUCAGCUGGACUGCACGCCAAUGAGCUCCAGCUCUCCUGCCUUGGCCCCUCACCCCUGAAAAUGUAUGCCUGCUCCAAGUUCAUCUCCACUCGCUCCUUGGAGCACCUCUCAGCUGCUGAGUCGCCCGCUGUCUGCAGUGCAGUUGACCCGACCACAGACGUGGACAGAUGAGGGCCCCAGCAGUUUGGCAAUCCCUCACCCUCUGACCUCAGUCAUCCCUAGCCGCAGCUUCCAAACCAGCGUCAUUUCCCGGGACAUCGACACAGCCGCCAAGUUCAUUGGGGCUGGGGCCGCCACAGUUGGGGUGGCUGGAUCGGGGGCUGGCAUUGGGACUGUUUUUGGGAGCCUCAUCAUUGGGUAUGCCAGGAACCCUUCUCUGAAGCAACAGCUCUUCUCCUACGCGAUUCUGGGCUUUGCCCUCUCAGAGGCCAUGGGGCUCUUCUGCCUAAUGGUGGCCUUUCUCAUCCUCUUCGCCAUGUGAAGCAGCUGUCUCCACUUCCACCUCCCAUAGCUCUUUCAUGUCCCGUCUGCCCUGUGUGUUCCUUUUCCUGUACCUCCCCAGGAAGUCUGGGGAAAGUGCUUGGCUCAGGGUUUGACAGAGAGAAGACAAAUAAAUACUGUAUUAAUAAGA